AUUUUGCAAACAACUUCAAGCUCAAGCAGCGAACUUGCUUCCUCGCUUGCCAGACUAAGGCAAGUGAAAAUUAAUUACUUUGUUGCUCUUAAAAGCAGGAAUAAAGUAUUUUUAGUUUCUUCAGCUUAAACGAGAAAAUUUCAUUUUGACAUUCAGAACCAUGACGGAGAAUAAAAUGUUGCAAUUCUCGACGUUUUCAUCACUUGUCGAUCCGAGUUUCUGGCACAAGCUGAACCAAAUCAAACUUGAUGAAGACCGACUUGAGGAGAAGGAAAGAAACAUUUGGGGCUCCUUCAGCAGUCUCGACUCUGAUGGCUCAUUUUGUGUUGACGUCACAGCAUUCAAUUCGAACCCUGAAUCGAAUCCGCCACAGAAGCAUGCCAUGCAGGGGGUGCUAAUUAAUUUCAACACCAUCGAGUCGUUCAAGGAGUGUGACAAAAUGGAAAUAAUUAAAAAGCACGGACAAGCGGUGGAAGCAAACUGGAGUAACGACAGUGAGCCAAACGUUGCCCUCAGCAAAUUUGUGCUCAUAUCUUUUGCUGAUUUGAAAAAGUACCACUUCUACUACUGGUUUGCUUUCAUUGCACCAAAAGGCCCGACAGCACAAAUAACAAAAGAUCUAACACCAAUUACUGAUGUUUUCUCAGGAGAGCAGAUUGCUCGCUUGAACUACUUAGCACAAACGAGUGGUCAACAUUUUACUGUGAAAGUGAACAACGAUGACUCUCUAGAGGUUGUGCCAUUCGAAGCAUACGGAGAUCUCAAAUCUUCAGGCUGCAAGGUUUUCUUAGGUUUUGUUGACCCCAGCAAUCUGGCAGACUGUCCAGGGUGGCCUUUGAGGACGCUUUUGAAAGUUGCAGCUCUCAAAUGGCCUGAAUUGCUGCGGGAUGGAGUAAAAAUUGAUGUUCUCUGUCUCCGACUCUCUCGAGCUGAAGCAAAGACAAAUUCAAACAACAGUGUUAUUUUGGAGGUGCAAAUCAAAAGUGACGCAGAAGAGGUCGAAACUCAGUGGGUCGGCUGGGAAAGGAAUGAAAGAGCUAAAUUGGGCCCUCGUCUUGCAAAUUUAAGCAGUUCUAUGGAUCCUAAAAAAUUGGCAGAAUGUGCUGUUGAUUUGAACCUCAAGUUAAUGAAAUGGAGACUUUUGCCUCAAAUCGACCUGGAUCUAAUCAAGAACAGCCGGUGCUUGCUGCUUGGCGCUGGAACUUUGGGAUGUGCCGUCGCUAGAGUUCUAAUGGGAUGGGGUGUUCGCAAAAUUACAUUCCUUGAUUCUGGCAGAGUGAGUUACUCGAACCCAGUGCGUCAGACUUUAUUCCUUCACCGACACUGCGUGGGUGCGGGAGUUCCGAAAGCAAAGGCUGCAGCUGAGGCUCUCUUUGAAAUCUUUCCUGGCAUGGAUGCGGAAGGGGUUCAACUCAGCAUUCCAAUGCCAGGCCAUUCCAUCACCGAAUCUCAACAAGAUGAAGUUGAAAAGGAUGUUCAGCGUGUAGACGAAUUGAUUGCAAACCAUGAUGCUAUUUUCCUCCUCACUGACAGCAGGGAAAGCCGCUGGCUGCCUACCAUGCUUUCUAAAUACCACAAUAAAUUGGUCAUUAAUGCCGCGCUGGGCUUUGAUUCAUUCCUGGUCAUGAGACAUGGAGUUCUCCCUGAAAAUUCUGAGGUACCGGAGGCUUCGUCUUCAACUUCUUCACCUUCCAAGGAGAAAAGCAUUCCUGGCCACCUACUUGGUUGCUAUUUUUGCAAUGAUGUUGUUGCUCCAAGAAAUAGUUUGUCUCAACGCUCUCUGGAUCAGCAAUGCACAGUUGUUCGCCCCGGUGUGUCUCAAAUUGCUGCCGCUCUAGCUGUCGAGCUUUUGGUUUCAGUAUUGCAGCAUCCCCUUAAGGGUGCUGCUCCUGCCAGUUGUGAUCCAGAGCAAUCCGCUAUGGAGUCUGGAAGCCCACUCGGAUUGUUACCCCAUUCUAUAAGAGGUUAUUUAGCUCAGUUUCAGAUCAUUCUGCCUGCUACUCGAGCUUUUCCCCAGUGUGCUGCCUGCUCUCCUUUGAUUCUGAGCGAAUACAAAGAGAAAGGCUUCGAGUUCCUCUUACAAGUGUUCAACUCUCCCGGCUUUUUGGAGGACCUCACUGGACUCUCCGAACUUCAGAAAAGAUCAGACGAAGCCGAGAUUUGGGCUCUCACGGAUUCCGAGGGAGAAAUGGAUUAACUAGCAGAAUGCUUUGAGGUGCUUUUUCUCAGCCAUGAUAUUAUUUAAUGUUAAUUUAAGCUUUUCCUCGCUCAAAUUGUGAACAGCUUUUGAAUAUAAUUUUAUUUUUGUUGAAUAA